AUGGCCAAGUUAGAUGUGUCCAUCCCGGACCUAGAGCUCCCGGAUGGUAACAAGAUUCCCAUUAUCGGAUAUGGUACGGGUACGGCGUGGUUUAAAACAGACUCCAACUCUCCCAAGGACCAGAAGUUGAUUGAUUCGACCAAGACUGCCAUUUCCAUCGGGUACACCCAUCUCGAUGGCGCCGAGGUAUACAACACAGAGGAGGAGUUGGGAGAUGCUAUCAAGCAAAGCAAAGUACCGCGAGAGAAACUCUUUGUCACCACAAAGGUUAUCACCAACAUCAAGGACAUCCCGGCAGCCAUCGACAUCAGUUUGAAGAAACUGGGCCUGGACUAUGUUGACUUGUAUCUCAUUCAUGCCCCAUUUUUUGCAAAGGAGGACCCUGCAGAAUUGCAGCAGAAAUGGGCACAGAUUGAACAAGUGGCGGCCAGCGGCAAGGCAAAGAGCAUUGGGGUCAGCAACUUCUUGAAGCCCCAUCUUGAUGCCAUCUUGGAGACAGCCAAGGUACGACCUGCCAUCAACCAAAUCGAGUUCCAUCCGUAUUUGCAACAUGGGGAUUUGCUGGCCUACCACAAGAACAAGGACAUCAAGGUCGCGGCCUACGGUCCUCUAAUCCCCAUUACUCGGGGAUCGGGAGGACCAUUGGACCCGUUGCUGGAUUCUUUGGCCAAGAAGUAUGCUGUCAACCCUGGCGAGAUCCUUUUGAGAUGGGUCAUUGAUCAAGGCGUUGUCGCGAUCACCACCAGCUCAAAGGAGCAGCGGCUCAGUGACUACCUGAGAGCGCUGACUUUUAAAUUGACGCCUAAAGAGGUCGAGGAGAUAUCUAAUAUUGGGAAGAGCCAUCAUCUUAGAGGGUUUUGGAACGAUAAAUUUGACAAGGAUGACCGAUCUUGA